AUGGCAGCUUACCCUGGCGUGGCUUUCCCGGGCAAUGUCUCGCCUCAGCCCCCGAUGGCUCAGAUCGCCGGUAGUUACUCGCCGUCACCAGCAGGGGCGGGUGGCUCAGCCCAGAUAACUCCUGGUACGAUAACAUACACUACAUCCGUAGGACCAGACGGUAGAGUCAUAUACCACCCGUUCAGAGCAGUCCCCGCGAGUUACCAGACUCCGUCUGGCAUCGUAAACGGGAUACAGUGGAUCCCAGCUGAAGCUACCAGCGUCCUGCCGGCUGGAGCACAGCCCGCCAACUCCGACUUCGCUGCGGCUUGGAACCGCAACUACAUGAACAAGGACGAAGAGAGAGCCUUGAAAGACUGGCAAUAUGAUGAAGACAAACGUCGAAGGCGUGAGGAGAAGGAGUCCGCGAAACGCGUUGCCCAGUGGGAGAGGGACCGCCGCGAUCGCGAGAAGGCCGAAGAACGCGAGCUACGCAAAGCUCGCGAGAAGGACGCGCAGUACACACGUGCUCGCAAGAAGAGCGUCAGCUUCGAGCCUGGUGCAGGGCCGAUGACCCCCGUCUCCGCCUACGGGCCUAGUCAAACUAGCUCUGUUUACGGGGGAAGCGUAAGGAGUUCCAGCCCUGUCCCAGGUUACAACCCUGGCGUUGGUGGCGCAGGUGCCUACGGUGUCAGGAGCUCUAGUCCUGUCCCAGGCUACAACCCCGGCGGAGCUGGGGUUUACGGUGUCAGAAGCUCUAGCCCCGUCCCAGGGUAUAAUCCCCCCCCGGGCGGGGUAGGUCCUGCAUACGGGGGUAGCGGAAGAAGUGCCAGUCCCGUCCCUGGCUAUGCCUCCACCACUGCAUCCAUCUACGGUGGGCCAGAGAAGCGUUCCUCCAGCCCCAUGCCCAUGCCUGGAUAUAAUCCCAGCGGCACUGGGUCGGCAUACGGAGGAGCGUACCCGUCCACGGGUGGCUUCGAGAGGGAGCGCAGGCUGAGCACCAGCAUCGGGUCUGAUCUAAACCGCCAGUUUGAGAAUAUGGGUCUCAAUACUGCGGGUGGUGGGGGUUACGAGCGUAAUCGGGGUAUGUCCGGCGAGGACCGGAGGAGGUCGAUUGCAGGAGGCUACCCGCCUGUGGGCGGAGGUGCUUACCCGUCAGGAUAUCCUGCAUCCGGUGGCGUGCCAGGCGCGUUUCCCGAAAGCGGGAGCCAAUAUAGUAGUACUGGGUACCCCACUCCUCCGUCCCAGUACGCAGGGGCUCAGCCUUAUAGCUCUGGUGCAUAUCCGCCGUCUCCUAGUAGGCCCGAGCCAAUGCUACCUGGUGCUGCGGCUGGUGCGUAUGGUCCGUCAGCGUACUCAGUGGCCCCAACCAGGCAGUCGACUACCGGUGGUGCAUACUACCCGCCAUCGCCUCGUCCUGGGGACGCCUACGGCCGUCACUCUCGUCCUCCAUCGCCUUAUGCUCCAGGAGGUCGAUCAGCCACAUAUCCUCCCGGCCACAUUCUUGAGGGACAGCCUAUGCGCUCCCGUGCUUCGUCCCCUGCGCCGCCGGGCAUGACUUUCCCCGCCGCACCGUCGCCCAGCAUGCGCGGUGGUCAGCUCGCUGGCUUCCCGGGAGAGCCACCUCUUAACCAGGGCCCGCCUGAAGGUUUCGCUCGUCCCCCGAAUUUGGCUCAGCCGUACACGCCGUUCGAUCCUAUGAAGGUGUUGGAGAUGGACGAGUUGGAGGUCCUUGCGCCGCCGAGGAUGCCGGUCGUCCUUGGUCCUCACGACGUUUAUCCCGAAGAUUGGAACAGACUGAUGCAGGAUCUGGCACUUGCCUGGAGUAGGAAGCUGCCUGUGCCAGAGGCUGCUCGUACUGGCCGCAUACCCAAACGAUCCGCCGUAGCAGGAGGACUCGUCGACGAAUGGAAUCACGCCUUCUUCUACCCUCGUGGCGUGGAGUUGGUGCUAUACAAGGGUCGCGAACGGCGCACUGGAAUGAACGUCGGGAUGAUCGAUGACCUCCCCGAGUUCGAUAUUGAUGAAGAGGAUCUUUCUUCUUCAGCGUCCGACUCCUCUGACGUUACGGAUUCCUCGUUGGAGGAUAGGUAUCAAUAUGGAGAAUACGGCGGAGUGUAUGGCCGACAGAAUGACCCUAACAUCGUCGCCCUACGCGAGCAACGGCGCAGGCGUCGCGAGAAGAAAGCCGAGAAGAAACGGCGCGAGAAGGAGAAGAAGGUGAGGAGGAAGUUGAAGGAGAAGGAGAAAAAGUAUACCCUCUACAUCACGAGCGUUGAGCCGCAGCGAGCGGCACCUACGGGGUUGACGGGGGGUUUCGCCGCCGGUAUGGGAGGUGGACCAGAAUGGUGA